AUGGAGCUGGCCAAUGGGACUGCAGUACAGGAAUUCAUUUUACUGGGCUUUGGAGUCACACAGCAGAAGCGGUUCCUGCUGCUUGUCUUUUUUUCCAUUCUCUACACACUCACUUUAGCUGAGAAUAUCACUGUUAUCACACUGGUCACUCUGGAUGUGCACUUGUGCCGGCUUCCCAUGUACAUCCUGCUGAGCAACUUCUCCUGGCUAGAGAUAUGUUACGUAUCUACCACUGUGCCCCGUAUGCUCUUUGAUCUGACAUCAUCUCAUGGGAUCAUCUCCUUCCGAACAUGUUUUUUCCAGUUUUAUGUCUGUUUCUCUCUCGGCAACACUGAAUUCUUCUUCCUCUCAGCCAUGGCCUUGGAUCGGUACUUGGCCAUCUGUCACCCACUGCGCUACCCACAAAUCAUGACCCCCAAUUCCUGCUGUGCCCUGGUGGCUGCUUGUUGGGUCCUUGGUUUCCUGGGGUACAUUGUGCCGGUGAUUUUGAUCUCCAAGUUGUCCUUCUGUGGCCCCAACAUCAUUGACCACUUUGUGUGCGAUCCUGUGCCUCUUUUGUCCCUUGCCUGCCCUCCCUUAGGAAACUUUCCUCAUGGUUUCCAGAUCUUUAUUCUCACUCUCUUUUUAGGCAAUGUAUUUUUUGUUAUGAUAUCUUAUGGCACUGUCGUUCUCACCCUGAUGAAAGCGUCUAACCAAGGCAGCCGUCGGAAGGCCUUCUCCACCAUUUCUUUCCAUUUAAUGGUGGUCACCCUUUUCUACAGCUCAGUGGCAGGGAUGUAUUUGGUUCCAGGUGGGGAAAGCCAGUCAGAGGUCACUAAGGCAGUAACGCUCUUCUAUAGUGCCAUUACACCUUUUCUCAACCCCCUGAUCUAUUGUCUAAGGAAUGAUCAGGUGUGGGAGGCACUGGGCAGGUUGUUGAAGAAGAAAGAGAGAUGGAUGAGGAGGAAAGUGAGAGAGAGAGAAUAG